CUCUAAUCACCAGCGCAGACUCUUUAAACAGAGAUAGAGGUCUCUAACGAUACAAGUUAGAGAGUCUCAGCGUCAGGGGCGAUCGGCACGAGGUUGCCGGCGCCCUUGAAGGUCUCGAGGAUGGUGGCCUGCUCGCUCAGAAUGAGACGGUCGCGGUUGUUGCCGUGCUCGGCCAGCUUGCGCCAACGAGCGUAGUCCUCCGGGUUGCGCUUGUCGCCGUGCGCGUCCUCGGGGUGCUCCCAGUGGCCCUUGGAGAAGCCGAUCAUGGUGGUGAUCUUGGCGUUCUUGAUGUCAUACACGAGCGACACGAUGGUGCCGGUCUCCUCGAGCCAGUUGCACUGCCACAGCUCACCCGGACGGAUGCACUGGAAGGCGACGGUCUGGUAGUUAAGACGGCCGGCCAUGGGCCCGCCGUGGAUCGAGUACACGAUACGGUUCUCCGAGAAGAACCACAUCUCGUAGCGCCACUUCUCAGGCUUGCCAUCGGCGCCCUCGGCGUCGUAGUCGUACAGCAGGUGGAGGUCACGGAUGUCCUCGUCGAACGACGGGUGCAGCGGGGUGUUGGUGUGGUAUCCGGGGACCUGGAGCGGCAUUGUGCUUGAUUGAAGACUUCUUUGAGACUUGGAGGUGCUUCCGAGACGGCAAGAUGAAAAGUGAGAGCCGUCGACACGUGGCCCACGAUAUGAAAGGAUCAUGUCGAAGAGGAACCCUGGCCUCUUUUCAUGCACAAAGUACCUCGGGGCGUGGACGUGGAUGUCCCGGCGGAUGGCGGACGUAAUCGGGGGAAUCGGCUCUCCAAACUGUGGAGUCCGCAGCCAAGAGCUCGCCUUUCAAACAUCUUUAGAGGCGACAGGCGGUGUGCUUCACCCUCACUGCUCGUUCAUCACAGAGCAAAUGGUGCGCGAACCGGUGACACACUCAUUAGGCAGCGGCAUAUGGGCAUCGAUGCGAAUGUCUCGGUUUCUUUGAGCGAGAGCUCUUUGUUGCCCGCAGACGCAAUGCAUUGCGUGUCGGAUCGCUGCUGGAAAGCGAGAGGAAGAGGCUUGACGAGACGUCGGCCUCCAAGUUGCAGCAGCUCGCACCCCAACGCUCCUUCUCUACUGAUCAGCUCCGCUUCGUGGCUUGAAUCUUCGCCGUCGAGUUCCUUUUCUGCCGACAGCUGCGCCCAGAAGCUGCCGGAAGAGCACGUUUGAUUUGCGACAGCUUAUUCAAGCGCAGGCUUUCGUGAAGUGAAGGAAGAGGUCUGCAAACUGCAAGCGGAAAAUGAAAACCGUGUCUUGUCCUGAACAAGAUCGAACUCCAGCAUUUGCAUUUAAUGCACGCAACACAGUGAUUGCGGACGGGAAUACGUCUACCUGUACAAUACAUGCCAUGUAAUCGUCGAUGGACGGUGGUGAAGUUUUAAUUCUGUCCAUUAUAGUUGCCAUUAUAGUUGCUGUAGUCGCGAAAGGAUUAAUUGGGCGAGUUUUCCUUGAAAACAAGUGAGUUGACGUUUGCUGUUCUCUGGCAAGUGGUCUUUGAAAUCAGAAUGUACAAUACAAUUGUGGAGAAGACGUUAUCAAAACAUUUUUAAACGGGACCUAAUGUACACAUAGUGAUGCC